AUGAGAUACGCCCAGAUAGUCUUGGGUCCUGCUGGGAGUGGGAAAACAACCUACUGCAAGGUGUUCCAGGACUAUCUUUUUUCCUGCAAAAGAAACUGUUACAUAGUUAACCUCGACCCAGCAACAGAAGAUGGUUUGGUAUUUGAAAAUGAUAAAAUCGGAAACAAGACCAAUUCAAACAAAUCUAAUAACAAUAAAGUGAGCCCUUUUGAUACUGAUAUUCGGGAUUUUGUCGAUAUUGGAUCAAUAAUUGAGGAAGAGGACUUGGGACCAAAUGGUGCUUUGGUGAGGAGUUCAGAACUUUUGGCAGAGAAUUUGGGUUGGCUUUCAGAACAGCUUGAAUCUACCUAUUCCGACGAGUCUUACCUAUUGUUUGAUACUCCAGGUCAGAUUGAGCUUUUCCUUCAUAUUCCAUACAUAAAGACUAUUACUGAGCUAUUAAAACGCUUAAAUAUUAAUUGUCUGGCUGUUUAUCUUUUGGACGUUUCAUUCAUGAAUGACCCUGCAAAGUUGAUUUCAGGCUCACUCGCAGGGCUCGCCGCCAUGGUUAACCUUGAAAUGCCUCACAUAAAUGUCUUGUCAAAGUGCGAUUUAAUAUGUGACAGUAACAAUAAGAUCUCUAGGAACCCAUUCCUUGAUGUAACAAGCAGCACCUUCGGGUUUUCACCAAAUGACCUUCAGUUCCAAAAGUUACACAUAUCCAAUCCCACACAAAACCCAGAUGAUCCUGAUUUUGACCCGGAUUCAGACAAUAUGGACUACUCUGAGUUUUACGAGAUUGUAAACAAGUCGAGCAACGAUCUUGUUAGCAGUUUGGACAAACACCUUCCCAGGACUUACAAAAGACUCAAUGUAGCAUUCGCUUCACUUUUGGAGGAUUUUGACCUCGUUUCAUUCAUGCCACUUAACAUAAAUGAUGAGGAAUGUCUGGAACAACUUUUAGUAGCCACAGACGUCGCAUUACAGUUUGGUGAGGAGGCUGAGCCCUCCGCUAAAUUCGACCUAUCUGAUACAAUUUAA